CCUCACCACUAGGAAACAGUAUAUCAGCCCUGAGACGGUAGAGGCUACAGUGUGGGAUCCCUGGAAGCUGAAUCGGAGCUGCCAGGAGAAACUGAAAUCUCAAGAAGCACAGACAUGACUUUCCUCCCAGACUUCUCCAUGGAAACAUGGACCCUGCUUGUCCUGCUGCUGACACUCCUUGCUUAUUAUGCAAUCUGGCCAUAUAGAUUUUUCAAAAGAUAUGGGAUUCCUGGGCCAACCCCCAUUCCAUUUGUUGGAACAUUUCUUGGAAACAGACAUGGGAUUAUGAAAUUUGACAUGGAGUGCUUCAAGAAAUACGGAAAAGUUUGGGGGUUUUAUGAUGGGCCUCAGCCUGUACUUGCGAUAGUGGAUCCUGUGAUAAUUAAAAGCAUCAUGGUCAAGGAAUGCUACACCAACUUCACCAACAGAAGGGAUUUUGGUUUAAGUGGGCCCUUGAAGUCUUCUGUCUUUCUUUCCAAAGAUGACAAUUGGAAAAGGAUCCGCACAGUGCUUUCACCUACUUUCACCAGUGGAAAAUUAAAACAGAUGUUCCCUCUGAUGAAACACUAUGGAGAGCUUUUGGUGAAGAAUAUCCAAAAGAAAAUAGAUAAUAAUGAGCCACUAGACAUGAAGGAUAUUUUUGGAAGUUACAGCAUGGACACGAUCCUAAGCACAUCAUUCAGCGUCAAUGUGGAUUCCAUGAAUAACCCCAACGAUCCAUUUGUCACCAACGCCAGGAAUCUCUUCACAUUCUCUUUCUUCAAGCCCCUGUUUCUGCUUACAAUUUUAUGUCCGUUCCUUGUUCCUCUUUUGGACAAAAUGAACUUCUGUUUUCUCUCUUUGAAAAUCCUAAACUUUUUUAAGGAUGCAGUCACAAGUAUCAAGAAAAAAAGGCAAAAGGGUAUUCAUGAGGAUAGAGUGGAUUUCCUUCAGCUUAUGGUUGAUGCACAAAACAAUGAAGGCGAGUCAGUAUCAGAAGGGGAAAAAGAGAGAUAUAAAGAGUUAUCAGAUACAGAGAUUAUGGCACAAUCACUUAUCUUCAUAAUGGCUGGCUAUGAGACUACAAGCACAACCCUCAUGUUUCUGACCUAUCACCUAGCAAGGCAUCCGGAUGUACAGAAAAAACUUGAGGAAGAGAUUGAUACGUUACUGCCUAACAAGGCACCACCAACCUAUGAAGCACUUAUGAAAAUGGAAUAUAUGGAUAUGGUUAUUAAUGAGAGCUUGAGAGUGUUACCUCCUACUAUACGAAUUGAGAGAGUUUGCAAGAAAACAAUGGAGAUUAAUGGAGUAACAAUCCCAGCUGGAGUUGUAAUUGUGGUGCCAUUAUUUGCUUUGCACCUGAAUCCGGAGGUCUGGCCAGAACCAGAUCAUUUCCAACCAGAAAGAUUCAGUAAAGAGAAUCAAAAGAACCAGGACCCCUACAACUUUCUGCCUUUUGGAACUGGUCCCAGAAACUGUAUUGGAAUGAGAUUUGCCUCAGUUAGUAUGAAAGUGGCCCUCACCCUCUUGUUGCAGAAUUUCAGAUUUGAGACAUGUAAAGACACUCCAGAUCCACUGAAAGUUUGUACCAAGGGAAACCUAAAGCCCACAAAACCUAUUAUUCUUAACCUUGUUCCUAAAGCUACACAGACAGCGGAGGAAUAGAUACAGUAUACUGUAGGAACAACCAAAUCCAAAUUCACUAUUUUUAGAUGUAAUGGUGUAAAUGAAAUUGAAAUAUGAAUUACAUUAUAUGUCUUUUUUGCAUACAUUUUUGGAACUAUGCUCAAAAUAAAGUAACCAUUUUGCUUGCAGAAAGUCUUGGUCAUUAUUGGUUACC